AUGAAGUCGAGCAGCGGCGGCCAUGUCGUGGGAGUCCCGGUGACCUCCAAGGCGUAUGGGAUUGAGGAGAAGGCGCCGUCGGCCAGGGACGGCCAGUCGUUCAGGAAGGCCGACGGCGACCACCUUGCUGUCUCCUUGACGAAUCCUAGCCCCUACACUUCUUUCGGCUACAAGCACAGCAGCAAAGGUCAGGUUGUCCACUGGGUGAGCAAGCUGAGCAGAAGGGCGCAAGGCUUCCGUGAGCAUGUGACCCUGGGUCCCAAGAUAUCGGAGACCGUGAAGGGGAAGCUGAGCCUGGGGGCCAAGAUCCUGCAGGCCGGCGGGAUCGAGCGCGUGUUCCGGAAGGCGUUCACGGCCGAGAAGGGCGAGCGGCUGGUGAAGGCGCUGCAGUGCUACCUCUACACCACCGGCGGCCCCAUCGCCGGGAUGCUCUUCGUCUCCACCAAGAGGAUCGCCUUCCGCAGCGACCGGCCCGUCACCGUCACCUCCCCCAGGGGCGACGUGGCGCGCGUCUCCUACAAGGUGGUCGUCCCGCUCAAGCGGAUCGACAAGGUGCGGCCGGAGAAGUACAUCCACGUCGCCACCGUCGACGGCUUCGAGUUCUGGUUCAUGGGCUUCGUCAGCUACCAGAGGUCCUGCAAGUACAUGCAGCAGGUCAUCGGCGGUGCCGAGCUGCAAUGA